AUGCCCAUUGAUGAAUACUCUCACUUCUUUUCUAAUGGAGGCGUCAAGAUCCAUUACCACCUUUACGGACAAGGCCCAGCCUUGGUGUUUGUCCAUGGCCAUCCAGACAACGAAAUGACCUUUUCCAAGCAAAUCGACGAGUUUUCCAAAGACCACACUGUCAUUCUUCCUACGCUUCGAGGAUAUCCCCCAAGCGAUGUGCCGCUGGACCCAGAUGCCUACGAUGGCAAUGUUAUGGCGGGCGACUUGGUGGCCCUUCUGGAUCACUUGAAGAUUGAAGGGGCAAUCUUCGCAGGAGGAGAUGUUGGAGGUAUUACAGUGCAAAAGCUCGCCUUUCUACACCCUGAAAGGUUAUUGGGUCUGGAGCUGUCCAAGUAUUCACUCAAGUACAUCAAGCACAAUCCCGGCGACGAGUACGACUUGGAUCACGUCGUCCGCACCAUCACGGACCCCGAGUAUCGUGCCGGGAUUAAAGAGUACCUCAAGAACUCUCCAGAAGGUGGCAUGUUUUACUUUUUUCGCAAGAACUUUCCCGCGCCGCCAUAUGGUCAAAACAUUGACACUUCGGGGAUGCACUACAAGAUGCCCUGUGUGGUGAUCUGGGGAAUGCAGGAGCCGUACUUUUCGGACAAGAUGCUGGAUGGAUUCUAUAAAUGGUUUGAUCAAUCGGUCCGAGUGGUUACACUGCCUCAGGCUGGACACUGGCCUUGGAGAGAAGAUGCACCAAAAGUGAACCGAGAGCUGCGGUCGUGGAUUAAUGCGCUGGAAAACGGACAGCUUUGA